UAUAAAAUCUUUUAAGGGUUUAUUUCAAACUGGCAAAGAAAUACAUUUGACAUUACAUGCAGAGCGAUACCAGUACAUUUAAGGAAUGCUAUUUGUGUUUCUACUUCAACCUCACAAUCUUUCAAAGAAAACAUUUUCCCUUGUCAUACUGUUUCCUCAGGGUUCUGCUUUGGGUGUUGUAAAUCUGUUACAGCUUAGGGGACUAUAUAACAGAUAUUUCUGUCAUAGCUUCAAGGUGAUUGUACCUGAAAAAUUAAAUUUGUUUGUCCUUAACCAGUAGCUUUUUCAGGGAUGCAGUGUGUGCAGUAGUGUAUUUUAGCUUCUGUCUGUGAGCAUAUUGCCAUACAGCUUUAUAAUGGCACAGUACAAUAUAACCAUAUUUUCAUGGCUUGUUUCUUUGUAUUUCAUGCAUUAAAGAUGUGAGCUUUUAAGCUGUAUGUAUGUCAGAAGCUAUUCAUCUGAAUCACUGCAGAAAAUGAAACUCGGGAAUAUGUAGUCAAGUAGUAGAUCAUUGUUUUGGUAAUAAUUGCAGCUUGAAUGAGAUGUAAAAAUAAACAUCUGAACAGCUUUGAGAAAUUAUUUCACGUUGCAUAAUUUACAUAAACCGCUGUCAUUACUGUAACGAAAUAAUGUUUCAUUUCUAGUAUCCUAUCUGAGGAAGAGUUAUUUUGCCUUACAUUAAAGGCUUAAAUAAAGCAGAUGCUUGAGCAAGUGUAAAAGUUUCCGUAGCUGGAAAGUCAUGCAGGCUUUGCUCUGUCUUCAUGCCUGUGUAGCAUUUGAUGCUUAAACAUCAAAAUACUUCUGUCAUGAGCUGGCAGUCCCUUUUCUUGGAGGAGAUGGGAGCAGCAGUAAUAAAAUGAUGAAUAGUCCCUGGUAACGGGUGCCAAAAUUAGUCUGUAAAUUUGUUUUUGUCUCUAGAGUAUCUCAAAUUAUGUACUGCUUCAGCUCAGCAGCCUGCUGCUGGCGCGUGUUUUGCUGUCCAGGAGAAGGGAGUUGGUAGGAGUUUGGGCAGUGGACAGGUCUAAGCAGCAGCAGGCUGUUGCUUCUCUGCCUACUCACAGCCGUGCUGGCGGCACGGGGGCUGCCGGCUGGCCCACAGAUCUGUGGGGUGUGCGGAGGGGUUAGGCUUGAGGGUUCCUCAGUUUAAGUUUGGUGGUGGUAAUGGUCUCUCCUUGGACACCAUCUUUUUCGGGCAUUCCUUAAAACAUUGUGUGUGUGUGCACCACUUACGUAUUGGCCUCUAUAAAAUGUGUAGAUUGUGUUGAAAAGAUAACAGUUUUGGACUGGGUUGCUUCUCUUAACAGUGUACUUGGGAUUCCUUUAGAGUGCAGGAUUUUGAGCUUUCCUUGCUGUUGCAUUAAGUCUUGGCCUUAAGAGUUUUGGGUUAAAACAUGCUCAACAUAGGUGGAGUCUUUGAGAAACACUGUUACUAAAUUCUGAGGAGUCCUUAGUUGGCAAGUGUGAAACGAUUUGUUUUCCAAAGCGUAGGGCUUAGCUGAAUUUGGCCGAGUUUCCACACACAAAGCAAACAGCAUACUCCUUAUAAUCGGGGCAAUUCUUCCAGCUUCAGGCAUUGUGAUGGACGGGAUGAAAAUACUCACCAGGAAGAUCUGACUUGUCUCAGUGCUUUUGUAGUCCAGCUCCUUCAUUAGUCUUUCCUGCCUGCAUUUUGACUUGUACCCUCUUCUUUGAUCAUCUCCGUGAUUUCUGCUUCCCACGCCGUCUUUUGUAACUCCUGCUGCCUCUGACGUGUAUGUACAUACCAUAGCAUCCUAAGCCAACCUUUGUUUGCCUUUCCUUGCCACUGGCUUCUUUCCUGUGUUGUCACAUCUCUUGCACAUUUCUACAGCUUAACAGCAUGCUUUCUGCUCUUUCUGCAUUAAUAGGUAGACAAUGUUAUUAGCUCAGAUAAAUCGAGACUCUCAGGGAAUGACUGAAUUUUCUGGAGGAGGAAUGGAGGCCCAGCAUGUGACACUUUGUCUAACAGAAGCUGUAGCUGUGCAAGGUGAACCUUCAGAUGGCGACAACAUCGAAAACAUGGAAGGUGUAAGUUUGCAAGCAGUUACACUUGCUGAUGGCUCCACUGCUUACAUACAGCACAAUUCUAAAGAUGGUAAAUUAAUGGAUGGCCAAGUGAUUCAAUUAGAGGAUGGUUCUGCUGCUUAUGUUCAACAUGUACCCAUGUCUAAAAGUAGGGACAGCUUGCGUCUCGAAGAUGGACAAGCAGUUCAGCUGGAAGAUGGAACUACGGCAUUUAUUCAUCACACCUCAAAAGACAGUUAUGACCAGAGUGCAUUACAAGCCGUCCAGCUGGAGGAUGGAACUACUGCCUAUAUUCACCACACAGUGCAAAUGCCACAGUCAGAUACGAUUUUAGCCAUUCAAGCUGAUGGCACAGUGGCAGGCCUUCAUACAGGAGAUGCUGCCAUUGAUCCAGAUACCAUCAGUGCUUUGGAGCAAUAUGCAGCCAAGGUUUCUAUUGAUGGAAAUGACAGUGUUAGUGGCACAGGAAUGAUAGGUGAAAAUGAACAAGAUAAAAAAAUGCAGAUUGUCUUGCAAGGACAUGGAACAAGAGUGACCGCUAAAACUCAGCAGAGUGGAGAGAAAGCCUUUCGCUGUGAUUACGAUGGCUGUGGAAAACUGUACACAACAGCUCACCAUCUGAAGGUGCAUGAAAGGUCACACACAGGAGACAGACCCUAUCAGUGUGAGCAUCCUGGAUGCGGCAAAGCCUUUGCAACAGGGUAUGGGUUAAAGAGUCAUGUCCGAACACACACUGGUGAAAAGCCUUACCGGUGCACAGAAGAAAAUUGCACCAAAUCAUUCAAAACUUCAGGAGACUUGCAGAAACAUAUCCGAACCCACACAGGUGAAAGGCCCUUUAAGUGUCCAUUUGAAGGAUGUGGCAGAUCAUUCACAACAUCUAAUAUUAGAAAGGUUCACAUCAGGACACAUACAGGCGAAAGACCUUAUUACUGUACAGAGCCAGGAUGUGGGAGAGCUUUUGCCAGUGCAACUAAUUAUAAGAAUCAUGUGAGAAUACAUACAGGGGAGAAGCCCUACGUCUGUACAGUUCCUGGUUGUGAUAAACGUUUUACAGAGUAUUCCAGUUUAUACAAACAUCAUGUUGUACAUACUCAUUCCAAACCAUAUAACUGUAAUCAUUGUGGGAAAACAUAUAAGCAGAUUUCUACACUUGCCAUGCACAAGCGGACAGCACACAAUGAUACAGAGCCCAUUGAAGAAGAACAAGAGGCAUUUUUUGAGCCACCUCCAGGUCAAGGCGAAGAUGUUCUCAAAGGCUCCCAGAUAACCUAUGUGACAGGUGUUGAGGGAGAAGAUGUAAUUUCUGCACAGGUUGCUACAGUUACUCAGUCAGGAUUAGGUCAACAAGUAGCACUAAUAUCCCAGGAUGGAACCCAACAUGUCAACAUAUCGCAGGCAGAUAUGCAGGCCAUUGGCAAUACUAUCACUAUGGUAACACAAGAUGGCACCACCAUCACAGUCCCUGCCCACGAUGCCGUCAUCUCUUCUGCAGGAACACAUUCUGUAGCAAUGGUUACUGCAGAAGGCACUGAAGGACAACAGGUUGCUAUAGUGGCUCAAGACUUAGCAGCAUUUCAUAGUGCUUCAUCAGAAAUGGGGCAUCAGCAACAUGGGCACCAUUUAGUGACUACAGAAACUAGACCUGUUACCUUGUUGGCUACAUCCAAUGGAACACAAAUUGCAGUACAGCUUGGAGAACAACAGUCUCUGGAAGAAGCCAUUAGAAUAGCCUCCAGAAUACAACAGGGUGAAACACCAGGGAUUGAUGAUUAACUUCUAAAACUGCUACCAGAACAAUAGAGUGAAAGGUAUUUUAUUUUCAAUCAACAAAGGUCCAUGCCAGCAGCUACCCAUAAAAACUUUGAAGUUCCCUACUCAUUGAUAUUGUGUACACAUUUUAUGCAAGAGAGAACAACAUUUUGUAAGUUUUGUGUACAUAAGCCUUGGAAUGGACUGACAUCAUCUACUUCCAACCAUUGUAUAUUCAGGAAUAUGGAAUUAGGAUUAUAUAGUAAAUUUCCUUGUUAUCCUUUCAUCAGAUUUCAGACUGGUCUACAAGCAAGUGAAAAAUUGCAUAGGAGUAUUGAAAUUAAUUUUUAAUGUUAUGUACAAAUAAUGAAGGCAUUGCUGAAGAUUUCAAAUGUUUAAAAUACUAUUAAAAAGUCAUAAUUUCAGGAAACCUUACAAGUAAUAAAGACGACAAACCCUUUUAAAUUGCAUUCCAUAAAUGGAAAAGUCUUGGAUUUUGAGCCUACUGUAAAUCUUUGUAUUUUGAUUUGUUUCAUACAGAUUUGAAUACUCUUUAGAUUAUCCACCCCACCUCAUUCAUUGUAAAUACAGACUGUUAAUGCCGGAAGCGCUAAUUAUAUUAUCUUUAAAUUGGAUUAUGUACAAAGGAGAAACUUCGGUUGUUCAAUAUUAAAGGAAGUAAAUCUAAUGAUUUUGUUUCUUUACAUAUUUUACUUAAGAUGUUACUCUCAAAUUAUUAUGCAAUAAAAUAUAGCAAGAUUGUAUUGUCUAGAUAGGAUGAUAUUGUUGUGUGACGUAUUGUUUUGCUUUUUAAUGAGACUGAAGUUCAAAUUAUUUAUUUAUGGCCUUGUAUAAAUUUUUUCCAAAGUUUAUUUAUCAUAAACCUGAUUUUUUUGACAUACUAAUUGUCAUCAUAAUCCACUAUAGUGUAUUAAGUCAUUAGUGUUAAUAGUUAUUUUAAACCUUCUAAACCACUACAGGAAUGGUUAAAAUAGUAAUUAGUCAACCAAUUUUGACUACCUGUUUUUAAGAGGAAUAUUUUCAAAUGGUGCAUUUGCGGCAUUAGUACAAGUACUAAUAGUCUAUUUUCAACAGUUAUGAGUGCCUGCUGCUACACCAUUCAAUACCUAGGAUAUGCUGAUAAUCAGUGCUUUUGAAAAUCAGGACACAAGUUACUAGAAAAAAGGGAUUAAUUAAUGACGAUGUAAGUACAAUGCUCCUCUCCGCCUAUCAUUCUGUAAAGGAAAAAAAUCUGUUGUAGAUAUGUCUAACAUACAGUAAAACAUAACUUUAAUUUUAUUUUUUUUUAUGAAAACUCUUGUCUUGUUAGUAAGCUUGUUAAGCAAGUUAAAAUUUUUUGGCUUCAUGUAAGGUUUAGUGCUUAUUUUAGAGGAGUGUCAAGAGCGCUCUGAAACUGAAGCCUCACUUUUUACCUUCUCAAGGGAAGGAUUAAACAUCUUCUGGAUGAAGUGUUAAUCAAGUAAUCAUUUUAUAAGUAUUGUGAGGUACACAUUUGACAUGAAAAAUGAAGUCCAUAACUAUGUACCUUGAGGUAUUUGACCUCAAAAAGGCCAAGUUUGAAUAGAGAGAAGCUGAUUUAUUGUGAAUUACUCUAUCAGUGUGGGUUGCAGCCUUUUAUGUUUUUCAUACAGAUGGCCAUCUGAAAAGUGCAAUGAAAGAAUACAGUACUGUGGGAUAGAUGUGGACAAAGCAAAAACUAUUCUCUGGAUACAUUACAAAGUCAAACCUGGAAACAUUGAGGUUGUCUGUAACUUUUGUAUAGGAUUGAGGCUGCUUGCUCACUUAGGUGCCAGUUUUCCUGAAGUGUUGUAAUUCUUUAUAUCCCAUGGAGAUAAAUGUACUAUGCAAGGAGGAUUAAUUGCCUGUCAACUAGAUCAGUUUCUUAGUACUUAUCACCUUUUAGAAAUUAAAGAUGUAUCAUUUGA